AUGCAAAAGACAAAAUAUAAAAAUGCUGCAAAGAAUCAUAUACGUACACAAAGUAGAGAUAGUAGUGGAAAAUUUUCAAAACCUGCAGGUACAGAAAGUAGUGAUUCAGAAUAUAGCGAUCUAGAAUAUAGUGAUCCAGAACUUUUGGUUUAUGAAUCUGAGAACAAUAAUGAGAAAUACUUUAAUAAUGAAGAGACGGAACUUGAUGAUGAAGAAGCUAAGCAUUCAAAACAUACUCAGCAAUGCAAAAAUAAAGGAUUAUGGGAGGCAGCACAAGGAUCAAUGAGCUUGGACAAUUUUUUUAAACCACAAAUAAAUAAAUUAAAGAAUAAACUUAAAGAUGUGAAAAAUAUGAAUGCUUAUGAAUAUCUUCACUUUCUGGCUGUGCAUAAAUAUCUUACUGCAAUCUUCAACCAUGAAGAGUCACAUUCUCGCAUAAAACUAAGUCUUGAAAUAUCACAACAAGUCUUUCAACGUGAAACUUUAUCUGUCUCUAAGCAAGAACAACAAAAAUACAUAUCAACUCUUAUUGAUGAUGAGGAUGUGCAAAGUUCUUGUUUGCGUUUUAUCUGUACUAUAGGAGAAAGAUUAACUGCUGAUAAAUUUCAAAACUAUGUUCAGAACAAUAUCUUACCUAAUGUUACUAGCUCUCACACUUCAAUUUCAUUAGAAACAGCUCGAAUUUGGCUUCAUCGUCUUGGUAUUUAUUACGAUGGCUAUGAAUGCCUUGAUGUUGUACAAUACCAUGCUGUAUUUCUUGAAAAAAUGAAAGAUCUUGAAGCUUUAAUGCUACAAUUUGUUGAUGACAAUAUGGAAACAGUCAUUAACUCUGAAAUAAGUGAAGAAAAACAAGUUUAUAUUCUUGUCACUCAUGAUGAAUGUAUAUUCUAUACUAAUGAUGGUCGUCCUUCAGUAUGGGCUUCUCUUGGUAUGCUGCCACUACGUAAAAAAGAAAAGGGUAAAGCACUUAUGGUUUCAGAAUUUUUAACUGAGACCCAUGGUCAUCUUACAAUUACACCUGCAGAAAUAAAUGAAUUAAAUCUGUCGCCAACAUUCCCACAAGAAGCUCAUGUUAUUGUUAAAUCUGGAAAAAACGAUGAUGGCUGGUGGAAUGCUUUUGACAUCACCAAUCAUAGUGCUCUCGCAAGUGAUACACUAUGUGCUAAAAAUAUGAAUCUUUUUCCUAGUAGUAAACAGUCAAGAUUACAUGACAGCUGGUUUAUUAAUGAACAAGGUAAACAAGUUACUCAGCCAAUGAUUUUUUCCAAUGAUCUUCCUCUUGAUAAUGAUAAUUAUAUAUUUUGUGAUCAGUCAAAGGGUAUUCAACAAGUACUUCGUAAGCAUAAGCUAUGGCCUAGUAGUGGUCUUAAAUUAAAAUGUAAUAAGAACUAUUGUGAUCCAAGUGUACUUAAUUGUUAUGCAUGUCACCUUUUGUCUGCACAGUCUGAUUUUACUAUGCAAAAAUCAGCAUUAGAGGAACUUAUUGUUGAACGAGAACAUAUUUGUGUAUUUUAUCUGAAGUUUCACUGUGAGUUAAAUUUCAUUGAACGAUACUGGGGUGCCAUAAAACGUUAUGCUCGUGAGCAUUGCGAUUAUUCUUGGGCUAGAUUAUAG